UGGGACCCAUCAGUCCUAUUUUUAUGGCUGGCACAGCAAAAACACGUUCCCUUCUCUUCAAAGCCGCCCUGGGCUUUUCCUGAGAUGGGGGGAGCUGCACCGUACCUCAUUACCAGAGCAAGGGGCAACUACAGCGGCCACUUGUGGGGGGGGGGAAUUGGGCAAACUUAGGGCAGAUUUAAGUUUUAAAUGCAGCAAUUGCAUCGGCCCCAUCACCAGCAGCCCACACCUACCCUCUGCUGCAGCCGGGGCCAGGGCGAGCGUCGGCGCCUAAAAGGUGCUGGUUGCAUCACCAGUGCGGGGCCGGCAGCCCCGGGCACAUCCCGUCCCCUCCCAGCAGGGCUGCAAGAGCCGAACGAGCUUGUCCGUCUGUCCGGGGUUCGGGAGCCAUGGCCGGGAUCGCAGUGUCCCUCGGGAUCGCGGUCACCCUCGGGCUCGCGGUGCUGCUGCCCACGGCCGCCUCCCCCUGCGGAGCCCUGAGCCCUGACAACGCCACGGCCACCAAGCUGCUGGGGACGUGGCUGUACGUGGCCGGGGCUGCCCAGUUCCCCCGGCACCUCCUGGAGAUGCUGCUCAUCGACCACGGGCACCUGCACGUGGAGCCCCUCACGGAUGGGCGGGAGCUGCUCAUCACCCAGCACGUGGCCGCGGGGGACCAAUGUCUCACUAACAACCUCACCUACUUGGAAAUCGCCGCCGGUAACACCACACUGGUGAAGCAUGCCAAGACCCAGCAAACUGUGGGGACACUGAUGAACCUCAGCUCUGAAAACCUUUUACUCAUCCAGUACCAACUGCAGAGGGAAAGGACGUAUUUGGGACUGUAUCUCUACGCCCGGAACCUGAGCGUGAGCACAGCUGACCGUGAGGAAUUUGAGCACCACGCCAAGUGCCUGGGGCUGAGGGAAGAGGAGAUCAUUUAUGCACCCUGGAAAACAGAGCUGUGUCAAACAAAAGAAACAGAAAAAGGCAACACCCCCCACAUGGAGCCCGUGGCUGAGGGCACAGCAUCACCUCCUCCAGGUACCCCCUGGCCUGGGACUGUGGGGAACUGACCCCACUUCGGGCAAUAAAUGUUCUCUUCAAAUUCCA